AAAAAAACGUCAAAUUCCUCAAUCCCUCGCUACAGCCGCCUGGUAGUGCUCCAACUUAUCAGGUAACUCAAGAAUCUGUUGUUGUGUUUGAUAUCAUAAACCUCUCCAAUGGAGAUUGACCCUAAACCUGAUUCUGAAAAUGCCGCCCUCGUUCUCGUUAAGCAAGGAGCUGAAGCUAGAGUUUUCGAGUCCGUAUUCGCUGGAAAAAGAUCCAUCAUCAAAGAACGCUUCUCCAAGAAAUACAGGCACCCUGCUCUUGAUUCUAAGCUCACUCUCAAGCGUUUAAACGCGGAAGCUAGGUGCAUGACCAAGGCUCGACGGCUUGGCGUUUUAACUCCGGUUCUUUACGCCGUCGACCCUGUGAUCCAUACCCUGACUUUCGAGUACGUCGAAGGCCCUUCCGUUAAAGAUGUUUUUCUCGGAAUUGGGUCAACAGGAGUCUUUCAAGAGCGUUUAACUGAUAUCGCCACCCAAAUUGGCGACGCGAUUGGCAAAUUACACGACGGUGGACUCGUCCAUGGUGACCUCACCACUUCAAAUAUGUUGAUCAGAAAUGGAACUAAUAAGCUCGUCCUUAUCGAUUUUGGUCUUAGCUUUACAUCAACCCUUCCAGAAGACAAAGCUGUUGACUUGUAUGUACUGGAACGAGCCUUAAUUUCAAUGCAUUCUUCCUGUGGGAAUGUGAUGGAUCUUAUACUUGCUGCAUACAAGAAAUCAUCAAAGCAGUGGUCUUCCACAUUGAACAAGCUAGCUCAAGUGCGACAAAGGGGCCGCAAGCGAACAAUGGUUGGAUGAGCCUCCUUUUGAGAAAUCUGUUAAAGAUUUUGAUUUAAUGCAAUGGAAGAAGGUGGUUAAGGAUUUAGGGUCUUUAUGUUGUGAUGGUUUCUGUAUAUUGCAAUUGUAAUGCUCUCGUUUUGAACAUUGGACUUGAUCAUGGUGUACAAUUACAGGAUUUAUUUCAACUUGGGUGUAUUCUGAAUCCUGUAUUCCAAUUAGCUCUUACUUCAUUCAAGUGAUUAAAAGUAGUCGUUCUAAUCA